AUGUUGAUCAAGCCUGUAAUUGGCGAACAAGCUCCCCCUGCCGCCGUCGUCCCCACAGCUCCACCGGCCGACGCCAACACCGUACCUCUUGCUGCUGUAGCCCCGGCUGCUGGCGAAGAUAUCCUCACGGGAAGGCCUUCCGAGAUCGAUGGAUUGUUGUCUGGAGUCCUCGCCGGUCUCACGAUCUCUGAUGGUGGAGCGGGCCAAGCGAAGGAUGAUGCCCACGAGCAGCCCAUCCCACCACCUGUCUACGUCCCGAACGAGCCGACUCCGACCGACCCCUCCUCGAAGAUUGAUGACGACAGGAAGACUCCAGACACUCCGAAGGAAUUCCAGGGGCCACAUGAGCCUGAGAAGCUGACAGAUGAUGGGCUCCUGGAUGUUGGAGAGCCGCCGAUGCGUGUUCGCAAGAUUUCGAUGGAUACGGAAGACGUGGAGACGCAGAAGCUCAUCGACGACAUCAAUGGCGAGGUCACCGCUGCCGUGGCUGAUUGCGAGAAAACGAUCGAACGUAGUCUUUCUGAGGCCACUUCGCCGGUUGAUGCGCCGGAAGAGGAACAGUUCAUGCCCGUGGGGGAGCAUGAGCUGCACCGACAUGCCGGUUCUCUGGUUGACGGGCCGAUUCCAGCUCACACCACUUCUGUACAGGACCCGUUCUCGGUCGAUGCUCCUUCUCCCUUCGCAUCUGGGCUAGCGUCCACAAUCAUUGAUGGCGCGACGCUCGAGAGUGCCUCAAAGACAGCUUCUUCCCUUUUGGGAGGCUUCGUCGACACUGUCCAGCAUGCGGCCGACGUGGUUGCUGACAAGGUGGUGGAGAUGGCUGGAGACGUUGGAGCCAAGGUUGAAGACCUCGUCGACCUCGGAGAAGACAAGAAAGAACCCGCCGAGGUCUCUCAUCGAAAGGCUAGCCAAGAUCUGAGCCGCCACCGUAACUCGCGCUUCGCAUUGGGAGGGGACGGGGAGGAAAAACAGUUGUGGGAGGAGACCGAUCCGGCCUUAGACAAGGUGUUGGACAGCCUAAACGAAGAAUCAUCAGCUGUUGAUCGAAAACUGAGUGAAGCCACCCCGGAUUUCCACCAAAAUGGAGUGCAUGAUGAGCCCAAGGUGUCCAACUUUUCUUCGGCUCCCCAGCAUCUCGGCCCACUCACCACGACCUUGGAGGUGUCACGCUUUUCCAGCCAGCCUCAGAAGCUGGGUGGCAAGAAGCCAGUGCCUGUGUUGUCACGUCCUUUCUACUUUGAACUGGCCUGGAUCCCUAGAAGCGGUUCGAAAUGUGCUUUGACUGACGAGGCCUUCGCGGACGCCUUCUUUGCAAAGCUGCGCGCUUCCACCCUGGUUCUUCCGUCGGAAGAUGUGGCGGCCUAUGUGCUCGACUCUUGGCUCGUCGCCAAGAAGAUCGCUGUCGAUUGGAAAGCACCACAGUUCUUGCUUCCGACUCGGGAAAGCACGGCUCUCCAGGCCUUCCGCACGAUGAGAGCCGAUGAGCUGACUGCAGCCGGUGCCACUCUCCGCACUGCUCUCGAUCAUUGCAGCACCAAGGUGGAUAUGGAUGGGGCCGAGAAGGUCUUCCACACCGUCAAAAUCGAGCUG